GUACGUGAUGCCGGAAAUAACGUCACAAACAAGGCUUACAAUAGUAAGCGGUACCGGGAGAUAAGUGUCACCUUUGCUAAAAAGUCAUUUGGGAAGGGAGUGGGAAGCUGUUGGGGCACCCGCUCAAGGUAUUGUUACACAGUAAGAAAGUUAUUCAACAAGGCACUAAUGGAUCACGCCCGGUCAACAAUUCAAAAUUUAUUUCGUGGUGAGCCACGUACAUACACUCGUUUUAGCCUGGCCCAGCAGAUGGAUGGAGACCAUAGCCAAGUAGAAAUGAAACUAGGAAAUCCUGAGAUGGAAGAAGAAAUGGGAAACUCCUUUGGAGACACUACAACCACCCGCAUUAAACCGAGAAGUAAUCCAAGGAGCACUUGUUUUAUGAUCACAGGGACUUUGCUUGUUUUCCUCAUUGGAUUUUUGAUUGGCUACUUAGCAUUUCGAGGCAAGGUUGAUAUUACAAACAAUAUUUGUUCUUAUGGAACUACUUUGCCAUCUUGUCAAACUAUUCCGUCAGAUUCAGAAGAUAUUCCUGAAGCAAUUAAUAAUGAUGUUGCACAAGUGUUGAGUUUGGCUGAACUGAAAGAUCAAUUUACUACUAAACUGACAAAUUCCAAUUAUAGUGAUCGUAUUCAGAAGAUAGCAGUCGAUGGUCAUGAGGCUGGAUCUGACCGUGACGAUCAGAUAGCAAGGUUUAUUACUGGGGAAUUCAAGAGCUAUGGGUUGGACAUUUGGAACAAUGAACAGUAUGUGACUCUUCAGCAAAGUGGAAGUGACAAUAAAGUAACCAUUCUGGAAAAUGGGGUACCAGCAGAUUCUUACACUACAGCCCGAUACUUGGCUUAUAGUGCUUCUGGGAGUGUCACGGGCAAAUUGGUUUAUGCAAAUUAUGGAAAAAAGGAUGAUUUUAAUGAGCUGAAGAGAAGAAAUAUUGCAGUCAAUGGAACAGUUGUUUUAGUCAGAGAUGGCAAAAUUAGUCUUGCAGAAAAAGUUGCUUUUGCAGAAAGUGAAAACGCUGUUGCAGUUUUGAUAUACAGGGACCAAAAAGACUAUCCAAAUCUUAAUAAAGGAGAUGACUUCUUUGGGCAUGUUCACUUUGGUUCUGGUGAUCCUUUUACUCCUGGCUUCCCUUCUUUUAACCACACCCAGUUUCCUCCUGCUAAAUCAUCUGGAUUACCUGGUAUUCAAGCACAGUCCAUUUCAGCUAAUUUUGCCCAAACACUUCUAAAUAAAAUGAAUGGAGAACAUGCACCCUCUGACUGGGAAGGAAGUUUCACAUCCUACAAGUUAACAGGAGAUGACAGCUUAAAGGUCAAAGUAGAAGUUAACAAUGUUUUUCUUGAAAAGAAGCUCUACAGUGUUUUUGGUGUCAUCAAGGGCCUUGUUGAUCCAGAGCGGUAUGUUGUAGUUGGUGCUCAGAGAGAUUCGUUUGGUCCUGGUGCUACAAAGUCUGCUGUAGGUACUGCUUUACUUUUGGAACUUUCCAGAGCAUUAUCAAGUUUGGUGAAAGAUGGCUAUAAACCUAAAAGAAGCAUUGUUUUUGCAAGCUGGAGUGGUGGCGAUUAUGGGCACGUUGGGGCAACAGAAUGGCUAGAGGGUUUUAUGUCCAUGUUGCAUUUAAAGGCCUUUGCUUACAUAAACCUAGACAGCACAGUGCUGGGAUCCAAAAAAUUUAAAGCUUCGGCCAGCCCUAUGAUGUAUAGCCUUCUGAAAACUGUUUUGAAAGAGGUAAAAUUUCCCGGUGAGCUUUCAGUAUACCAGAAGUAUGCUGAAUCAGAUGAUUGGGAGAGCCAAAUACUUGUACCCAUGUCAAUGGAUGAUGCAUCCUACCCAUUCUUGGCUUACUCUGGAAUCCCAUCUAUCUCUUUCAGCUUUACAGAGAAGGAUGAUCGUAGUUAUGACUUCUUUGGAACACAACUCGAUACAUUAUCACGGCUGAUUAGUACAUUAAAUGAAGAUGAAAAACUGAGACCACUACUUGAUUCUGCCAUGAAUGUGGCUGGACGCAUGGUUCUGAAAUUGACUCAUGAUAACCUAAUAAGUUUGGAUUGUGAGAGAUACAGUAAAGUAGUGUCAGCAUUUGUGGUCCGCUUCAAUCGCUAUAUUCGAGAAGUAAAGGCGGCAAAUCUAUCAUCCCAGUGGCUGUUCUCUGCUAAUGGCGACUACAAACGUGCUGUUGGAUCACUAAAAAAAGACAUAAUUAACAGCGACUUAAACGAAAAUAACAUGGCUAAAGCCAUUAAUGACCGUAUUAUGAGGGUGGAACAUCAAUUCCUUUCUCCCUAUGUUUCUGCAAAGGAUGCUCCUUUCAGACACAUUUUCAUUGGCAAAGGUGGUCACACUAUACAAGCUUUGCUUGAUAACCUGGAUCUUCUGAAGAAAAACAAGGAUGCAGUUAAUGUUGAUGUCAUGAAAAACCAGCUUGCACUAGCCACUUGGACCAUACAAGGAGUAGCUAAUUCACUGUCUGGAGAUGUUUGGAAUUUAGACAAUGAAUUCUAACAAGUAAUCAUUGCUUGUGUAUGUGUAAGGUUUCAGGUGUAACAAUAUUAGCACUGAGAUUACUUUCAAUCUAAUAUAAAAAUGUAUUUUGGCGUUAAGUAUUAGUAAAAGUAAAAUGUUUAUUAAUGAUGCUGUUCAUUCUGAAUGAACAGGUCUCUGGAAUGAAAUUCCAAAGAGCAAAAGAACCUACACAAAUCCUGAGCACAUCUGCUUAGAUCUUCUUUCCUUGAAUUUUCCAUGCUCAGUGUAUGAUAUACUUUUAAACCUGCAUUGAUGUUCCUUUUCGUUCAAAUUCAUUGAAAAGGUGUUAGAUGAGUCCUCUAAAAUAGUAUUUUUUUGUAACAUGCGAUGGAUCGGUCAUCUUGAAUCAGAUGUUGACUGCAUAAUCAUAGAUUUUUUUUUUUUUUUUUUUGCAUGCCUCCCUUACACACAAGCUUUUUAGUAAUAGGACAAGUUUUCAGAAGCUCUAAAAAUGUGAACUUUUUCUGUCGAGUUGACAUUUCUCUUUUCACUGUUUUAGAUGUAGGUAAUUGUGCCAGCUUAAGUUGUGUAGAUGUUUCUACAUAUCAAUAUGCUUUUGUCCUGUAAUUUCAUAAAGCAUAUAGUUCUGUAGUAAACAUUGUUUUACAUUUUCAAAAUGACAGUACAGUAAAACUAGGUGAACACUGCUUAGGUUUGAAAGAAUAGUGGUAGCACUGCAUAUUACUUGAAAAACCUCAUUUUCCUGAAAGAGAGUUAGUAAUAAAGGAAGUCAGUUUUUCACCUUGACAAAUAUUUGUUUAAAUCCUCUAUUGAUUUAUAACUACCCCACCCACAUCAACUGACAUAUGACAAUAAGUAAAAUGUUGCAGUCCUGGUCUAUCGCUAGUGAGGUUUUGACUAUUUUUCCUGUCUGCCAAUGUCACUUGGCCAAAAAAAGAAAAAUCAGGAAAGUUGUGUGUGUUGUGUGCUGUUUUAUUUUUGAAAUCUGGCACCAAGGUAUUUAUUUGCAUUUAUUUAUUUAUCAGUGACCGUGUUCACUAUAAAUAUUCUGUCUGUUUUUGUAUUUUUUUUAUUUUUAUUUUUUAUACAUAAUAUAAUUAUCGGAAGCAGUGCCUACCAUAAUUAUGACAGUUAUACUGUCGGUUAAAUAAAAGCAGCAUCUGCUACCGGAACAGUUGUGACCAAAACUUAUUAACCAGAAACUUUAAUCUUUCAACAGUGUUCCAGGCCAAAUUAGAACAGCAAGUAUAAAAUAACAUGAAAGUUCUAAAGAAUUUAGCUUUUUAAAGUAUUUUAUUCCUACUCCCCUACCCAAAAAUGACUAAAUAUCAGAACCAGUUAUGUUGUUGAUCUGGUACUUCAGUGGAUAUUUUGUCCUUGCCCCUCAUCUGUGACACUGAAGAGUUGACAUUUUUACUUGUUCAAGUUUGAGAGGUUUCAGUUUCUGGUCUGUUAAUUUUGGCACAUUAUAUGUAAUCCUAGAAUUAUCGGGAGCAGUGUCUUCCAUAAUGUGAAUUUUAAAAAGGUAGUUUUUGCCUACCAAUGUGUAUAUAUCGGGGGCAGUGACCGCCCAUAUUUCACACUGAGGUGUAUGUAAUUAUCGGGAACAGUGUAUUCCCAUAAUUUUAUAUAUAAUAUAUUUGUCAUCAUAAAUUAAGUGUGAUUGCUUCACUUUCAACAAGUUGAUUCCUGGCUUAACUGUGCCUUUGAUAUGAUCCUUUUUUUAGCUUUUGUAUAACUGAAGCUUAUCUAUCUUUAUUCUCACACACAAGGUAAACAUUAAUGAUGUAGGCUGAGUGAAGGUUGGUUACUUAUUUACCUGAUUUUUGGGCUUCUCUUACUUUAAAAGUACACCAAAUGUUUGUCAAUACAGUCUGUAAUAAGAUGUACACUUUAUAAACAGCCUUUGGUGUUCAAAGACUUUUCUAUCCUAAUGAUGCUAUCACUUACUUUUAAAAUGACAUCUAUAAUAGAAGUGAAUGUGAAAUCCUUCAAUUUUGUCUACAGUGGAACAUUUGUAUGUAGAAAUAUGCAUGGAUGCUUUCUUUUUCAAGUUUUGUCUAAAAUGUGUUUGUGGUGUGCUUUCCUUUCUGCAUUGUGCAAACAGCUUGUACUUUUCUGAACUAUUAGGAAUUAGCUAGGUUUAACCAAUAUAUCAUUGUUCUGAUUGACACCACUCAUGUCUGUCAUGUGGCUGGCAUAUCGGACUCUCACCUUUUUCUGCCUUGCAGGUGAUGAGUGCAAAGAGCAGCACCAUUCAACCUUUUUUAGGUUCAAGCCCAAUUUAAAGCGAGUAUUGCCACCUAGUGCUUGGUGUAAAAAUAAAUAAA